AUGCAACGUCUCAGCUGCAGAAGCUUUGUGCGCCGAGCGGUCGCCGCCUCCCUCGUCUCUGCCGCCGCGUGUCAGGCCCCUGCCCGCUUCAGCACUGACUACUUAAAUAAGGCCGCUAAAAAGAAGGUGGAGGAGGGCGACGAUGAGCGAUGGCUCGAGGCCGAGAUCGAUAAGAACAUCAGCACACCAGAAGAGCGCUAUGCUCAUGCUCGCGAGGUCGAGGUGCUCAAGCGCAUGGUCUCUCAACUUAAAGAAGAACACAAGGAAAACGUUGAGGAGGCGGUGCGUGAGCGAAACAAGGAACUUGACCACCUCAAGAAGGAGAUGAAAGAUCUGCAGCAGAAAAUCUCGAAGCUGACAGAGAAGUAG